GGAUCAUGUAAGCUGAGGACCACAAGGUAGCGAUGAAGAUAGGGGGACGGCGGAUGUCAGAAAAGGUAUAUAAAGGGGGUCUUGUCGAGAGUCUAUUGAGAUCAUCGCACUCUUCCAUUCAUCGAUUCCACAUUCCACUGCAUCGCACAAUCUGCACUCCUGUCAUCUGACCUCACAAUGAGCUCUUUACCCAUCGUCACCGUGCUCGGCGCUACCGGCUAUCAAGGAGGUAGCGUCGUUGAUGCGCUCCUCGCUACUGGCAAGUUCACCGUCAGAGGGGUCACUCGAAAUCCCGAUUCGGCCUUUGCCAAGUCUCUCGCUCAAAAGGGCGUCCAAGUCGUCAAGGGAGACGCGAACGACUCCUCGUCUCUUAAAUCAGCGUUCGAAGGAGCUUGGGGCGCUUUCCUCGUGACGUCCUUUUGGGACCCAUCGAUGAAACUCGACCCCAAUACCGAUUUCAUCCAUGGAAAAGCACUUGUCGAUGCCGCCGUCGCCGCCAAUGUGAAGUUCCUGGUCUGGUCAUCGCUUCACGACAUUGAAAAGGCCACGGAUGGCAAGAUUCCAGUCCCCCACUUUACGAUGAAAUACAAGGUCGAGGAAUACAUCAAAUCGCUCAAUGUACCCGCUGCCUUUGUCUUUGCUGGAUUCUAUGCUCAAAAUUGGGUCAAUUUCCCUCCGUUUGGCGUACCCACCUAUGAUAAGGAAGGCCAAGUUCACCUGGAUACGGCUGUCCAACCUCACGCCAAGAUACCCGUUAUUGACAUUGAGGAGGACUUUGGCAAAUUCGUCGCUCCUAUCUUCGAGCAUCCCGACAAGUUCCAAGGUCAGGACAUCCUCGCCUCGACUGAAUACCUCACCGUCCCCGAGAUGGCCGCGGCUUUCGAGAAAAUUACCGGAAAGAAUGUCAAACAGAGCACGUUGCCAUACUCUGCUGUUCCGCUUCCCGAGCUCGCAAAUAGCAUCAAGCUGUUCAACGAGAAGGGAUAUUACCUGGGGUUGCCUCUCGAGCCAAGUCUCGAGCGAUACUCGGGUGUCAAAUUCGGGUCAUUCGAGAACUGGUUGAGGCGAUCCAAGUUUGACGCCCAUCCGGCCAAUUAGAACGCAGAAUCCAAGAAGUGUCACUUUACGACAGUACGAGACUGCAUGCAUGAUUCGACAGAGGUAGCUGCAAUGCUGAGGUCUGCGGCGCUCAGGCGACCGAAUGUCUCUCGAUGUAGCUGGCACAGCAACUGAUGGGCCAUAGAUGCUGAUUCUGUUUUCCGCGAU